AUGCCGGACUCGAAAUCUUCUUCCUUUCACCCUGCCCUUGCAGUUUCUAAUAUCAGAAACUUCAUACCGGUUGUUCUUGAGACAGAAAACGUUCAAUACGGAACAUGGGCGGAACUUUUCAAAAUUCAUGCUCGGUCUCACCGAGUUAUCCAUCACAUCAUCAAACCCGAGGCUGGUAAAGGGCCGAAGGCUCCCUCUACCGAUGAUGAGAAAGAACUUUGGUCGACUCUUAACGCGACCGUUCUUCAAUGGAUAUAUUCGAUUAUUUCGAAUGACCUUCUAACCACCAUCCUUGAACCGGACUCUACUGCUAUGGCAGCUUGGGAUCGCCUUCAUGACAUUUUUCAAGAUAAUUAG